AUGGUUAGGAAGACGAUGGUGCUGAGCACGGAGUGGGCGCAGGUGGAAGUGGUUGAGCUUACAAAUGAUGGCAACGGACUAGGAUUCAAUUUAGUUGGUGGUAGAAGCACGGGCGUGGUAAUAAAAUACGUUUUGCCCGGUGGGAUCGCGGACAAAGACGGCCGAUUACAGAGCGGGGAUCACGUGCUGCAGGUAGGAUCGGUCAACCUCCGUGGAUUUACGUCUGAACAAGUGGCUGCAGUACUGCGGCAGGCGGGGCCUACGGUGCGAUUAUUAGUCGCAAGACCAGCUGACCCUGCAACUGCCCUUCGAGCCCCCCUCCCAGGCACCGCACUCGUGCCUACCAAACUGCUCGCUGAUCCUGAGCUUCUUGACCGCCACCUAAUAGAAACCGGAUAUGGUGCUGUAUAUGACUUGUCUCAGUGUUAUAGUGAAUAUAUCAGUGGGCAAAAUGGAGAUGUCGAAAACCUAGUGGCAGCUGUUAGUGUAAUUGGUGAAAAUCCUCAACAGAUCCCAGAACACCCUAUAAUAGCUGACUCUUUAUCCCCUACUAUAACUAUAACUGUACCUGUUGAAAUACCCGCUUUACCUGAAGUAGAAAUAGUGCAUGUAGACUUAAAUAAAAAUGUAUAUGGAUUAGGUAUUACAGUAGCGGGGUAUGUUUGUGAAAAAGAGGAAUUAUCAGGAAUAUUUGUAAAGAGUAUAAUAGAAGGUAGCAGUGCCGAGCAGAGUGGGAAAAUUAGGAUAAAUGAUAGAAUAAUUGAAGUAGAUGGUGUAUCGUUAGCUGAUAAAAGCAAUCCUCAGGCUGUGGAAAUAUUAAGAAAUACUGGAAUAUCUGUACAUUUAGUUUUAGAAAGAUAUUUAAGAGGUCCUAAAUUUGAGCACCUUCAGCUAGCUAUAUUUAACGAGGAGAGACCAACAUCACCUUCCCCUUCAGCAACAACCCUAACAUGGUUUCCAGUGCCUUCCCAAGCUGAUAACAGUACAGUAGAAAUUGAACCCGAGCCUGAGUCAAACACAACUAUAGACUCAAGUGUAUUAGAAGUUGGAGAAAACGAAAUUGAUGAGCCAACUCAAGAAGAACUAGAUAAAAGGCUUGAUGCUAUACUUGCAAUUAAUGAAGAAGAAAUAAAAAAGAAAUGGGAAGCUGAGAUAGGAUCUGAAAAAGAAAUAUUAGUAGCUGAAGUUCACAAGCUUUCAGGUUUAGGGAUAAGCUUAGAAGGAACUGUUGAUGUGGAAGGAGGACAAGAAGUAAGGCCACAUCAUUACAUAAGAUCUGUAUUGCCUGAGGGCCCAGUUGGGCAGCAGGGUACACUCACUGCUGGAGAUGAAUUGCUCGAAGUAAAUGAAUAUAGACUACAUGGACUUACUCACACCGAAGUAGUCAAUAUAUUAAAGCAGCUACCAAAUCGUGUACGUUUAGUUUGUGCACGUAGCAGUACAGAUGGUGGGCCAAGACCUGUUAUAAAUUUAGCACAAGAUAGAGAAGGUUUUGAGGCUCGAAAAAUAAUAUCGGGUAGCCUUAAUAAUCUCACUACUCUAGUAAAAGCUCAGUCUGAUACAUCAAUAAAUACAUCAAGUACAGCAACCCUGACUAAUCAUUCUGGACAGUCCAAAAAAUCUAAGUCACUAGAGUGUGUAUCUGGUCUAGCAAUGUGGCAAAGCAAGGAGGAUAUUGUGGAGCUUAUCAAAGCAGAUCAGGGCCUUGGUUUUUCUAUUCUUGAUUAUCAAGAUCCAAUAGAUCCCAAUGGCACUGUUAUUGUUGUGCGAAGCUUAGUACCUGGGGGUGUAGCUGAGAAAAAUGGUGAAAUAUCACCUGGGGAUAGAGUAAUGUCAGUAAAUGGGGCAAGUAUUAAAAAUGCUACCCUGGACCAAGCAGUUCAAGCUUUAAAGGGGGCUCCGAGAGGUGUUGUUAAAGUUGGGAUAGCCAGACCUCUAUCAUCAAAUGAAAAUUCGAAAUCAAAAAGCACCACAACUUUAAAUACUAAGGCGAGC